UUUGCCCGGAAGAUGGCGCCAUAAAAAGCAUGGGAAAAUAGCGUCACUGGGGGACGGAAGGCAGCGGUCCUAUGGCCGCAAACGUAGCCCAGCCCCCCACACGCCUAACCGGCCUGGCUGAACAGAGGGAGGGAAACGCGCCUGUUGGAGAAGCUCCUGCACUCCCUGCGGGCAUUUUUCAAAACCCACGUCUGCUUGAUAGGACUUUACCUGUGACACAUGCCGGCGCUUUGCUUUUAUACGCAACUGGAUUCUGUUUCCCACAUCUUUUCCGACACUUGUGUAAGCUAACGGUGGCAAGGCACAAAGACGCUCAGCCAGGCUGCUAGCCGAUGUAGGCUAACUGCAACUAGCUUGCAAACAACACAACCGGCGAGGACGAGUAAGUACACCAGUGGACACCCUGUUGAACCUCGGCUGACUCGCUCCGUUCCACACGGUUACCGUCACCUUGUCGCUCCGUCGACAUCGCCUGACAAAUGUUUUCACUGGCUUUUCCAGACCGAUGUUCCUGCCUAGCUGGGGUUUGGGCUGCAUGCUCUCCCGCUAGCCUGGCUGUGACACAAGGAUGGUGGCUGUAGCAAAACUAGCUAACUGCAGAAAGUGAGGAGAACAGUCCAGUCAAGUGGGAUGGAUCUCCAUGUUGUGUUCAUGUAAACCUCGGAGGGAACACGACAAUCCUCGCUCGGCGUCCAACGGACACUGGCAAUAUCGCUAACCGCUCUUGGGGGAUUAUUUUUUGUCCCUAAUUGGAUUUCGGCCUCCUGUUCUGGAUCGUUGUGGGAGCACAGUUGAACUAAAAGUCCUACCCGACGACCUCCUCCACCCAUCCACCCCAACCAUCAACACCAGAAUCACUACCACCUCCAAUGCGGAGAAUCCAGUGACACCGGCUACCAACCCCCCCGCGGCGGCCGGACAUGCUGAAGUGUAUCCCGCUGUGGCGCUGCAACCGCCACGUCGAGUCGGUGGACAAGCGGCACUGCAACCUGCAGGCAGUCCCCGAUGAGGUGUUCCGCUACAGCCGCAGUUUGGAAGAGCUUCUGCUGGAUGCCAACCAACUCAAGGAGCUUCCUAAGCCUUUCUUCAGACUGCUGAACCUACGGAAGCUGGGCCUGAGCGACAAUGAGAUCCAGAGACUGCCUCCGGAGGUAGCCAACUUCAUGCAGCUGGUGGAGCUGGACAUCUCCAGAAAUGACAUUCCGGAGCUCCCCGAGAGCAUUAAAUUUUGCCGGGCCUUGGAGAUCGCGGACUUCAGUGGAAACCCCCUCUCCAGAUUGCCGGAUGGUUUCACUCAACUGCGAACGCUAGCUCACUUGGCGCUCAACGAGGUGUCAUUGCAGACUUUGCCCAGCGACAUUGGAAAUCUGGCCAACCUGGUGACGCUGGAGCUGAGGGAGAACCUGCUCAAGUCCCUACCCACGUCGCUGUCUUUCCUGGUGAAACUGGAACAGCUGGACCUGGGCAGCAACGAACUGGAAGUGUUGCCGGACACCCUUGGCGCUCUGCCCAACCUGAGGGAGCUUUGGCUGGACCGGAACCAGCUGUCCUCGUUACCACCAGAGUUGGGGAACCUACGGAGACUGGUGUGUCUGGACGUGUCGGAGAAUCGUCUCGAGGAGCUACCCUCUGAGCUCAACGGUCUCCUGGCUCUCACCGACAUGCUGCUUACACAGAAUCUGCUGGAGGUGGUUCCAGACAGCAUCGGCGGUCUGAAGCAACUGUCCAUUCUGAAGGUGGACCAGAACAGACUGACUCACCUGACUGAUUCCAUAGGAGAGUGUGAAAAUCUGACGGAACUCGUAUUAACCGAGAACCUUCUCCAAACGCUUCCUCGCUCGCUGGGCAAGCUGAAGAAGUUGACCAACUUGAAUGUAGACCGCAACCGCCUGGGUGCUGUGCCCAAGGAACUGGGGGGAUGUGCCAGCCUCAACGUGCUCUCGCUGAGAGACAACCGCCUGGGAAAACUGCCCGCCGAGCUCGCCGAUGCCACGGAGCUUCACGUGCUGGAUGUGGCCGGGAACAGAUUACAAAACCUGCCUUUCGCCUUGACCAACCUCAACCUGAAGGCCAUGUGGCUGGCAGAGAACCAGUCGCAGCCCAUGCUCAAGUUCCAGACGGAGGAUGACGAGCGCACAGGGGAGAAGGUGUUAACCUGCUAUCUGCUGCCUCAGCAGCCUUCCCCGAGCCUCGAGAACCUGCUACAGAACAGCGUAGAUGACAGCUGGACAGACAGCAACCUGAACAGAGUGUCCGUCAUCCAGUUUCAGGAAGAGACCAAGGCGGAGGACGAGGACGAUGAGGCCGCCGCAGAGCGCAGAGGCCUUCAGCGCCGAGCGACACCCCAUCCUAGCGAGCUAAAGGUGAUGAAGAAAGUCAUCGAGGAGAGGCGCAAUGAGGCCUUCACGUCCAGACCCGAGGGAGCUCAGUCCUCCGACGUGCAGGAGAAACGACUCAGUGAUCUUUCCAAUCAGAGUCAUGACUCACAGGUGUCCGACAGCACCCUGUCAGCCACCUCUCACGAAGAGAGGCGGGAAGCCGCCGUCCCUUCCCAGAGAGAGGACCUCGUGGAUGGUCAUUCUCAUCAGGAGGAGGAGGACCUGGAUGAGAUGGAGGUGGAGUACAUCGAGCCCACUGUGCACUUUGCAGAGGAGCCCAUCAUCCGCGGCGAAGACGACGAGGAAGACGGCGACGAGGGCGAGAGGAGCGACGAGGACGACGAGAGGCCGCCCUUCCCCGCCGAGAAGCAGCGUCUCAUCAGGAAGGACACGCCACACUACAAGAAGCACUUCAAGAUCACCAAGCUACCCAAGCCUGAGACGGUGGCGGCGCUGCUGCAGGGCUUCAGUCCCGACGGCCUCAACUCGCCGACACGGGCCGCCGGGGAUGAGCGGGAUGAGGAGGAAGACGACAGCUUCGGCACCCCGCUGCUGUGUCACAGAAUGGAGGCGUCUGAGCUGGAAGACAGCCGGUACCACAUCAAUUCCAGUCAGGUCAAGGGGGUGUCAUUUGAUCAAGUCAAUAAUCUGCUGAUUGAACCUGCUCGAAUUGAGGAGGAAGAGCACACCUUAACCAUCCUGCGACAAACAGGCGGCCUCGGCAUCAGCAUCGCCGGCGGGAAAGGCUCCACGCCAUACAAGGGGGAUGAUGAGGGUAUUUUCAUCUCAAGAGUUUCCGAGGAGGGUCCUGCAGCUAAAGCAGGAGUCAAAGUGGGAGAUAAACUGCUGGAGGUGAACGGCGUGGACCUUCACGAGGCCGAGCAUCACACGGCGGUGGAAGCCCUGCGGAGCUCCGGCGCGGCCGUCUCCAUGACGGUGCUGCGUGAGCGCAUGGUGGAGCCGGAGAACGCCAUCACCACCACGCCGCUGAGGCCAGAGGACGACUACUUCCCACGGGAGAGGCGCAGCAGCGGGCUGGGCUUCAACAUGGAGGACGGCCACAGCAGCGGGCCUCUGCAACGACUCUCCACCUGUCUCAUGCGAAACGACAAAGGGCUGGGAUUCAGCAUCGCCGGGGGCAAGGGCUCCACUCCCUACCGCACAGGGGACACGGGGAUCUACAUCUCUCGCAUUGCAGAGGGGGGAGCAGCCCACAGAGACAGCACGCUACACGUCGGUGACAGGGUCAUCUCUAUCAAUGGUGUAGACAUGACAGAGGCCAGACAUGACCAGGCAGUAGCGCUUCUUACCGGCACCUCGCCCACCAUCGCCCUCCUGGUGGAGCGAGACCCCAACGCGCCGCGUUCGCCGGGCCUGUCCCGGCAGCGAGCCCACUCCCCUCCACCCCCAGAACCCUCGGAUUCUCCGGACCAGGAGGAAGAGGGCCUUCACGGGAACCAACUCGGCCAGAUGGAGGAUGAGUAUCCCAUCGAGCUCCACAGGGGAUGCAUGGAAGUGACACUGGUCAAGUCGGGCGGCCCUCUCGGUCUGAGCAUCGUGGGAGGCAGUGACCACGCCAGCCACCCCUUUGGUAUCAACGAACCUGGAGUCUUCAUCUCAAAGGUGAUUCCUCGCGGGCUGGCGUGUCAAAGCGGGUUGCGUGUGGGCGACAGGAUACUGGAGGUGAACGCCAUCGACCUGCGUCACGCCACGCACCAGGAGGCCGUGCGCGCACUGCUGGCCAACAAGCAGGAGAUCCAGAUGCUGGUGCGCAGGGAUCCUUCGCCGCCUGGCAUGCAGGAAGUUGUAAUCCAUAAGCAGCCUGGGGAGAAACUCGGCAUCAGUAUACGGGGUGGCGCGAAAGGUCACGCCGGGAACCCUUUUGACCCGACAGAUGAGGGCAUCUUUAUAUCUAAGGUGAGCUCCAGUGGCGCGGCUGCACGAGACGGCCGACUGCAGGUGGGCAUGCGCAUCCUGGAGGUGAACAACCACAGCCUGCUGGGCAUGUCACACACAGAGGCCGUGCGAGUGCUCCGGGCCAUCGGCGACUCCUUGGUGAUGCUGGUGUGUGACGGCUUCGACCCACGCAAAGUGGCGACUGUGGAGACGAGACCAAAUGAGGAGCAUUAUGCAUCUCCUGGCAUCAUUGCAAACCCUUUUGCGACAGGCAUCGUGCGUAAGAACAGUAUGGAGAGCAUCUCUUCUAUAGACCGAGACCUGAGCCCAGAGGAGAUGGACAUCAUUCAAAAGGAGUCUGAGAUGGUGAGGGAGACGUCGCAGUGGGAGAAAGAAGAGAUGGAGAAAGUGGAGCGUAUGCGCUUGGAGCGAGAGGAGGCAACUCGCCUGCUUGAAGAGGAGACCGAGAACAUUGGCACUGGACCUUUAAAGCUGGACUAUAAAACCCUGGCAGCGCUGCCCACCACCAGCCUGCAGAAGAUCAACCGGGCGCCUUCGUCUGACUACACCAGGACUGGCAGUCCAGUCAGAGAUGCACCUCACUCUCCCACCAUCCAACCGCCCAGCCACCACUCCUCCAACAGCUCCCUGUGUUCUGGCAGGGAGACCCGCUUCGCAAGCAUUCAUUUCACUUCCACCCCCACCAGCAAGGACUACCCUUCAUCCCCUACGCGGCCUGGUGCCAUCCUGCCAGUCGGGCGCGUGCGGCCCACCACCUCCCCGGCCACACCGGACGGCCACAGUCCCAGCCCCUUCCAGCAUGGCCCCUCCCCCUUCAACUCCCAGACCUCUCCUCGCGCCCCUUCCCCCACCUCGCCCGACGAGUUCCCCAUGAAUGCCAAGCAGGCAUACAAGGCGUUUGCCGCCGUGCCUCGCUCGCUGGCAGUGCUGGAGCCGCCGCAGGACCUGUAUGCUGUGAGGAACAACUUCCAUCCAAAGCAAAUGUCUCCAGAGCCUGAGUUGAACAACGAGGUGUUCGACGACAGCAUUGACAGUCAGGAGGGCGCCGGCAAGGGCGGGGCCCGGUCCGCCCUCUCCCCUGACCGUUGGGAGUACAUGAACCUGGCCGCUGUGCCUCGCCUCUCCAGGCCGUCCCUGGACGUGCAGAGUCCAUCUCCCGGUGGCAAGGACAGCCCAGAGCAGCGCUCCUUCAGGGACCGGCAGAAGUACUUUGAGAUUGACGUGAAGCAGCAGACUCCUGACAAGCCCAAACCUCGUGUCUCGCUCGUCGGGGAGGAUGACCUCAAGAAAAUGAGGGAGGAGGAAGAGCGUAAGUUUGAGCAGCGGGCGCGGGAGUACCUGCUGGACGAAGAGGACGAGGAUGAUGAGGAGGAUCUGGCCAAGCAGGUGGCGCAGAUGAAGGUCACGGGCAAGGUGCUGCUGGACGGAGUGGAGUACAACGUGGAGCCGGCGUCCAUGCCAUCGCACCCGUGCUCCACACCUCCUAGCUACUGUGGAAGCUCAGGGCCCUCAUCGGUGGAUGGUAAAGGAGACACCUCGAGGAAUUCACUAGAGGACAGCUUCAGGCUGGACCAGCGACCCAACUCCAUGAGCGGGCUGAUCCCCGUGUACGGCAGCGAGUCGGCAGCUCCCAUUCGCACCGCCAAAGCUGAGCGCCGACACCAAGAGAGACUCCGCAUGCAGAGCCCGGAACUGGCUGUGGCCCUGGACAAGGACCUGUCACCUGCCGAGAAGCGAGCCCUGGAGGCGGAGAAGAGAGCCAUGUGGAGAGCAGCAAGGAUGAAGUCGCUGGAGCAGGAUGCGCUCAAAGCUCAGAUGGUCAUCGCCAAGUCCCGUGACGGGAAGAAACGUGGAACGAUGGACCAGCUGACGGAGUCGCCCUCGCCCGCACCCACACCCUCUCCCACCCCAAUGGACGAGCUCAGAGGACUAACAUCUCCGGGCAGACUGUCCCUGUCGUCAAAGAAGUUUGACUACCGACAGUUUGCCGCCAUUCCUUCUUCCAAACCGGUAUACGACAUCCAGUCUCCUGACGCCGUGGACGACAUGCAGUUCAUUGACGACGCCUCCCAGCAUCCAGAGCCUGCUGCCAGCCUGGAGGCCGAGGUCCCCGCCCCCCUGCCCGCCACCUCGGCCCUGGAGGAGAUGGCCCUCUACAGCAACAAGCGCAAACUGCGACAAGGGCGCCGCAGUCUGGAGACGGCCGUGCCCACGUAACACCUCUAACACACACACACACACACACACACAUCCGGGGAGAGGGCGUGUGUGCAGCAUCAGUACAAACACUUCACCCUUUGAAAGUCACCCUCACAUCCCUGCGUGCCAGCUUUGCCUUCAGUCGCCAUGGAGACAACAACACAUCCUUAUUGUUUUGUUGCCGUGCAUUAGAGACUGGUGAUGUUUUUAGCUUUUAUUUUUUUUAAAUCUCCCUGAAAAGAAGAAGAAGAAGGAAAAAAAAAAAGAAGAAGACAUGGGUGGUAGCCGCAACUAACAUGUGUGGAAUGCUAUUUUUCAGUGACUAGAUUGUAAAACGUCAGGGUGUGUUUUUUGGAGUGUAAAUAAUAGUGAGACGACAUCCUGCUACCUUCACACGCGCACUGUGGAGAGCUUUAAAAGAACAAACACACACACACACACACACACACACACACA